CUCUCUCAUUAUAUUAUUAGAGACAGCCUAAAGCAUAAAGAGAAAGAGGAAAGAAUUGCAAAGAGAGCAAAGUUUUGUUGAGUUCCUUCAAUGGCAACUCCCCCACAGCCUGAGAAACCAUCUCUCUUCACAUGGCUCAACUCUUUCAUGGCAGACACCCGAGUAGGGAAAUAUUUCAAGCUCACUGAGCGAAACACCACCUUCACCUCCGAACUCCGAGCAGGAACAGCAACAUUCCUCACCAUGGCCUAUAUCUUAGCCGUGAACGCCAGUGUCCUCACUGAUUCUGGUGGCACCUGUAGUGUCUCUGAUUGCAUCCCGCUCUGCAGCAGUACUGAUUUUAAGAACUGCACCCUAUUAGAUGAAUCAUGCAAAUUUCCUCCAGUCAAUCCUGGCUACGCUGCCUGCCUUGAAAGAACUCGUAAAGAUCUUAUUGUAGCCACGGCAGCUUCUUCUUUAAUAGGCUGUCUUAUAAUGGGCUUAUUUGCAAAUCUUCCUUUGGCUUUGGCUCCUGGUAUGGGCACUAAUGCUUACUUUGCUUAUACAGUAGUAGGGUUUCAUGGCUCGGGUAGCGUUUCAUACCAAAGUGCCUUAACUGCUAUUUUCAUUGAAGGUUUGAUUUUCCUCGUGAUUUCUGCUCUUGGGCUACGCGCCAAAUUAGCAAAACUUGUUCCUAAAACAAUUAGAAUCAGUUGCUCUGCUGGAAUCGGGUUGUUUCUAGCUUUUAUCGGACUACAGAACAAUCAAGGAAUUGGACUUAUUGGGUAUAGUUCUUCAACUUUGGUUACACUUGGAGCCUGUCCAAGAUCUUCCCGGAAAGCAAUAGCUCCUGUUGUAACGACAGCUAACGGUACAGUCAGUUUAGUUGCUGGUGGUACUCUAUCAGCUGAUGUUUUCUGCUCCGGUGGUAGAAUGGAGAGUCCAACAUUUUGGCUUGCUGUACUUGGUUUUGUGAUAAUUGCAUACUGCCUAGUCAAGAAUGUUAAUGGAGCUAUGAUAUAUGGCAUAGUCUUUGUUACGGUGGUCUCAUGGUUCCGCAACACAUCUGUAACGGAGUUUCCUGCGACGGAGUCAGGAAAUUUGUCCUACCAAUAUUUCAAGAGAGUGGUUGAUGUGCAUGUCAUGGAGGAAACUGCUGGUGUAUUGAGUUUUAAGGGUAUGGAUAAAGCCAGCUUCUGGGAAGCAUUAGUCACAUUUUUGUAUGUUGACAUUCUUGAUACUACUGGCACAUUAUAUUCAAUGGCCAAAUUUGCUGGAUUUACAGAUAGUAAUGGUGAUUUUGAAGGCCAAUAUUUUGCAUUCAUGUCUGAUGCUGCAUCAAUUGUUAUAGGGUCAUUACUAGGAACGUCUCCGGUGACUACAUUUGUCGAAUCAUCAACCGGAAUAAGAGAAGGUGGACGGACAGGCCUAACAGCAAUAACAGUAUCAGGGUAUUUCUUUUUGGCAUUCUUCUUUACUCCAUUACUGGCAUCAAUUCCUCCGUGGGCGGUAGGGCCACCGUUGAUCUUGGUGGGUGUCUUGAUGAUGAGAUCAGUGGUAGAGAUUCAAUGGGAGGAUAUGAGGCAUGCUAUUCCAGCAUUUAUUACAAUCAUAAUGAUGCCAUUGACAUAUUCUAUAGCAUAUGGUCUGAUAGGAGGAAUUGGUACUUAUGUUGUUUUGCAUCUUUUGGAUUGGGGAGAGGUACUUUUGGUAAAAUUUGGAAUCAGGAAAGGGAAAAUUAAGGCUCGUGAUUUGCCAAAUGAUGAAGGCAAUUCUGCACAAGGGAAUGGCAAAAUUCCUGAAUCCUGACAUUUUAGAGAAAAAAGGUUAUAAAUAUAUCAAGUGUGAAUAGUUCCUUUUCCUGAAUUUACAAUGUUUUCUUAGGAAGUUAGGCUAAUAUUAAUUGAGAAUUACAUGUGAAUCAGCAGCAAAUUAACGUUAUUAAUGUACUAAGAUAUUUUCUUGUCCUCAACAGAUAAUAUGUCCAUCUUAAUGUACCCCAA